CAUUCCUCCAUGAACACCUCCAUAACAGGAAGCCAUUUUGGCUCAGGGAGGUUUGCCAGUUUCUAGGUCUGAAGGUGGGCCUGAACAUGUGCAGCAAAGAUGAAAGCUGGGACAGUAGUUUUUCGGAGCUCCGGUCAUGGCGGACCAAGAGGAGACUUUUGGCCUUCCAAACUCUCCCGGUGGCUCUGAUUCAAGGGAAUUACAGAACGAUAAUAAAUCAGAGAAACUAAACGGGAGCUCAAGCAAAUCCCCAUCAUCACAGACAACUUACAUUCAGCAGGGAAUGGAGGGAAUAAAAGUCUACCUGCACGAGAGGGAACUCUGGUCAAAGUUUCACGAGGUGGGGACGGAGAUGAUCAUCACCAAAGCCGGAAGGCGAAUGUUCCCCAGCUUCAAAGUGAAGGUCACGGGAUUAAACCCCAAAACGAAAUAUAUUCUCCUGAUGGAUGUUGUUCCUGCGGACGACCACCGAUACAAAUUUGCCGAUAAUAAAUGGUCUGUGACCGGGAAGGCAGAGCCCGCCAUGCCCGGCAGGCUCUAUGUUCACCCGGACUCUCCCGCCACGGGGGCGCACUGGAUGAGGCAGCUCGUUUCCUUCCAGAAGCUGAAACUGACCAACAACCACCUGGAUCCGUUCGGACACAUCAUCCUGAAUUCGAUGCACAAAUAUCAGCCGAGGAUCCACAUUGUGAAGGCAGAUGAAAAUAACGGCUUUGGCUCCAAAAACACGGCCUUCUGCACCCACGUCUUCCCCGAGACUGCCUUCAUUGCGGUCACGUCCUAUCAGAACCACAAGAUAACCCAACUGAAGAUUGAGAACAAUCCAUUUGCAAAAGGCUUUCGUGGAAGUGAUGAUAUGGAACUGCACCGGAUGUCUAGAAUGCAGAGUACCAAGGAGUAUCCAGUAGUGCCUCGCAGUACAGUGCGUCAGAGAGUAGGCUCCAGCCAGAGUCCCUUCACCGGGGAGGUCCAGGGCAUGGCCACCCCAAGCACCAUGAGCUCCCAGUAUUCCCAGUGUGAGAACGGAGUCACAAGCACCUCACAGGACAUGUUGCCUCAGUCGGGCUCCUAUCCCCUGCCACAUGAGCACGGCCAGGAGUACCACUGCAUCAAGAGGAAAGUGGAGGAUGACUGUCACUCAGGUGAACACAGCUAUAAGAAGGCCUAUCUGGAGAGCUCGUCCAGUGAGGAUGACCAUUACUACCGUCCUGUUGGCUACGCUCAGAGCCUCGGCCUGGCUAGCGGGCCCUACCGCAGUGAAUCCAGCCAGCGGCAGGCCUGUAUGUAUGCCAGCGCCUCGCAGGGCGCUGAGCCUGUUCCUAGUUUGGAGGACAUCAGCUGCAACACUUGGGCCAGCGUUUCACCUUAUGGGAGUUGUUCAGUCACCACCAUGCAGCCAAUGGAGCGGCUGCCAUACCAGCACUUCUCUGCUCACUUCACCUCAGGGUCUCUGGUGUCCAGACUUGGCGGGGUUGGGGGCCACGCCUCUCCGCAGCUGGGCGAUGGCCACCAUGCUGCCAUGUACCAGAGCUCCAUGACCCACCAGACUCUGGGCCGCCAGUGCAGUCCUGGGGCUGGGAUCCAGUCGCCAACAGCCGGCCUACAGGGAAACGAGUACCUCUAUACACAUGGCAUACCACGUACACUAUCACCACACCAGUACCACACUGUACAUAGUGUCAGCAUCAUGCCAGAGUGGAAUGAGAACAGCUAAAAGAGCUUUUGUUUUUUCAUACUUAACGGAUAAAAAAUAUUAAAAGGAAAAAAAUACAAAAAUGGACCAAAUUAAGGCAGGGUUUAGAUGAAUUUAUAUUUAUAUUUUUAGAGGAUGUGUUGCUGAUCAUCUUAAUAAAAUCAGUUUUUGUUCACUGACUGCAGUGGAUAUUUGUCGAAUAGAAAGAAAGCAUCUUAUCACUUUGUUGUGACAGCAUCUGCACUUAUAAGCAAAUAUCAUAAACAUGAACAGAGAGGAGCUGGACCAGAACAUAUGCAAAGAUUGCUCAAGUGCAGAAAAAGUGAUCACAGUGGUGGAAAUUCAGACACUGAACGGAAGAACAAAAAUACUUCAGAUGCUUUGCCAGCAAUCCCCAAACUGAUGGUGUUCUUGUGCGGUGGUGUUCUUUGGAUGUCAACGUUUCAGAGACAAAUGAAUAUGUUUUCAUCUUUUUCUUUUUAAGUACAAAGCGCUUGUUUUGCAUUCAUGUCCCGAAUUCAUGUAAAAGAAAGAUGUUUGUCUUUUGUCACAUUAUUCCGAGUUCUCAUUUUCUUUUAAGCUUUUGUAGUUAACUACUUACUUUGUAGUCAAAUUGCCAUAAGUUAAAAAAUGAAUAAGCAGAUGGGAGCUAUUGUUGUGGCUCUUUGGUGAAUUUGCUUGCUCUUAAAUCUGUCAGGAUGGUGGCUUUUUUCCUGUUGCUGGGUUCAUUUACAUGCACAUCAAGAAUUUAAUCUUAAUGCCAUUAUAAGGAACAUGACAGUAAAAAUUGCAAGAAGGGCAGCACUUCAGUUAAAUUGCUUGUUCAUGCAGGGACAUUUCGGGCAGACGCCCUUCCUCAGCCUUCAAACUGGCACCAGUUUUACAACCAGUCACAGGUGAGCUAUACAAGAUGAAACACGUCAUGGAACACAGUAAUAUUCCGAUUUUUAGCCGGAUUUUCACAGUUUUUCAACUACCGUAUACCUCUCAGUUUGCUCAGUAUGCAGGGCACUAUAGCACCCACAGUGCAACUUGACCUUCUUACAUCCAGCUGUCUAACUUUCAGUUAUAUUUACACAACUACAAUGAUGCCGUUUUGAUGCCUUUUAUUUUUGGUUAAAACAAGAUUGAUACAUAAAAAUUAGUAGUACAUAUUACAACUAAAAGUUCUAAGGAAAAAAGGAAAGGAAAUGGGCCUCUCAGAACCUAAAACUCUAUUAUCAAAUAUUCAGUAUCACUAUCUAUAUAGUCAAUAUUCUUACAAUAACAGUGAAUCAAACUACCAUUGAAUAUAUGAGUUAAUUUUCGACCUUCAAGUCAUCAUGUGGUCAGAAAUACAACACCAAAUGAAUGUAAAUGUCUCUCUGUGUCUACUGGAUGUAAUUAGGGAAUGAGUUGCUAACACAUUACAACUUUAUAAGGUGAUAAUAUGUCAGGGCUGUGGGUUUGUCACCUUGUAUGUUGUGGUCUUCUGCCCCCAAGUGGCCAAAAAAAUCAUUAAUACAGCCUUAAUUGUUGUAAUUAUUGACUCACAGCUAUAUAAAGAUUAGCAGUUGGAGUGUUACUGAGUGUUAAGUUGAAAAAACGUGUGGAUCACUGUUUCACUUUGGUCUGACUGGAGAGUACUGAGAACAGUGCUACCUAAUGCAUACGAAGUUAGCUGUACAGUGCUAAAACUGAUGAAAUUCAGGUCAGAAUAGAGUAGCAUUUAGACAAUAAACCAGAGAUUUGAAAUGUAUCCAUGGAAAGAAUUGAUAAACACGCUGAUAUGUCAAUUUGAUUUGGGUUAACAUCAUUAAUACUGCAAUUAAAGCAUGCUCAGUUGCAAAUGAUUGCCACAAUUGCCCAACCUCAUUUCAAGGCAUUAAAGGCAAUGACAUAAAAGUGGAACUAUUCCUGCUAGCAUUAGAAUAAAAGAUGUGUCGUGACUGUUUUUAUCACCGAUUAAUAAACUGGCACAUGUGAAAACAAAUAAAAAACACACCCAAACAAAUGUGGUUCGAACUCUAAAUGUCUUUGAAUGAAGAAACAUCUUUUCAGAUCAGAGAUCAGAGAAAACAGGGUUUCAAAGAGCCAUCAGUGUGCAGCUAUCAGGUGUUGCAUAAUCUGACCCAAUGACAAUUUGUGGUGUUGCAGAUCGGUUAAUUAGCAUACAGUAAUGGAUUCUCUCUGAGUCUAACUGAUAUUCAAUGAUGGGUUGUUGUUUAGCACUGUCAUGCUGCAAAACCUUUCCUGUCUGUAUGUUGUGAAUAUGUGUAUUUGUUAGGAUUGUAUAAGAUAAAACACUCAUGAAAAAACUACUGUGACUCCGGAUUAUCCACAUCUGAAUUAGAGACAAACUGCAUUGCAGUAUUACAUUGCAAUUCAGAUCUGCAUCUAAAACGCCUUUUUCUGACAUGAUAACCCUGCAAAGUUUGAACGAGAUUUCUUAUCCUUGUUUUAGUUCUAGUUGUGAGUUUCAUGCAGCUUCAUGCUCUAAAACAUUUAGUAUUAAUCCCCAAAAUGGCACUUCUCUGACAAUCAAACUAAAUCAACACAUACAAUUACAGUCAAACACAUGAUAGAAUGUACAUUUGAAAACGUAAAAUGCAUUUGAAACACAUUAUAAAGUGAAGGUCUGUUUCACCAAACAAAUGAGUGUAUGUUA